CAGCGGCGAGGGCAGCACGGACGCAGCCAUGUCGCACGGGGCUCGAGUGAUCCGCACCGGGGUGAGCAGCGGGGGCCCCGCCGCCCCGCCGCCCGUCACCGUCGCCUCCUCCUCGGCGGGCUCGGACGCGGAGCUCAUGGACGGCGGCUAUUUCCGCUCCUGCGCCGGCAUGCUGAAGGUGGCCCAGAUGAUCUCACUGCUGAUUGGAUUCAUCAGCGUAAAUAACUCUCCAUGGACAGAUUACAGUGCAUACAGCUUCUUUCAGAUUGUCACCAUGUGCGACUUGGUUAUGAUUUUGUUCUUCUACAUCAUGCACAUUUUCAGAGUCUACAGGAAGCUGACUUGUGUUAGCUGGCCACUUGCGGAGUUUCUUCAUUAUUUAAUUGGUACAAUUCUGCUUCUCAUUGGAUCAAUUGUAGCAGCAGCUAAGAGUUACAAUAUAACUGGACUUGUGGCUGGAGCGACUUUCGGGUUCCUGGCUACAAUACUUUGUGUUAUAAGCAUGUGGUCAUCCUACAAGGUUUCGUGCAUCACACAGUCAACAAAUGCAUCUGUGUGACUCCAUCACCUGUGCAAGACGUCUGCUUACCUUACCAAACAGGAUACCAAAGAGGAGUGUUCACUACUGAGGAGAGAGCCGUGGGUAUUUUGUUACUAGCCUGGACAAGCUGGUAGCUUUGGAAGAUCUACUUGAAUGCCUAUGCAAAACGAUGUUGUGAACCAAAGUUUUUUUGCUCCCCCCACCUCCCCACACCCAAAGGAGUUUAUAAUGGAGAACCUGCUUGUUUUGGAGAAAGACAACUUCUGUCUCUCAAGCUGGGCUGUGGGGCUAUUUCCAGCUAUUUGCAAUAAGUGUAUUUAAAACUCAUUUGGACAGUCAUUUGGUUCUCCUUUCAGAAGGAUGGAAAAAAUUCCUUCUGAUUUCCUCCAUCUGUUUACAUGAGGGGAAUCCUGCAAAUUCCUACCUGAUUCUUAACUUCCAAGGAUUAUAUGUUUAACAAAGGAACAGUUACAAACUAAUUUGUGCCUGGAUAAGCUGACCCAAGCCUUUGUUACCUCUUUCCAUCAGAACUGUGGACUUUUUCUAACAUCAACUCAGCCAGCAUCAAAAGUUAUGAACUGCAACUUGAAAACAUCACUGCAAACACUUCCUCCUAGCCCCAACAGCACACGAUGAAAUCAGGGAUUUUCUCCAUGCAUUUUUAGCAAUCAAAGAUUAUUUGUAAAAAAUUCCCUUGCCAAAUACAGGAAAAUAUGUACCCAAGAAUAUACAUUUAAUAUUUUAUGGGGUCUUUUUUUUCUCCUUUUCAUAGAAAGACCACUUCUGUAGAAAAUUUCUAUGCAUUUGCUAUAAGUUAUUUGCUUUGUAAUCUAACAGUGUUUAUGGAAAGCCCAUUGUGAAUGGAACAAUGCGCUUCUUUCUCUCUCUUACAUGUGGUUUUGUCACUUCCUCUGCCUCAGCUGGAAUCUGUGCUCCUGGGGACUCUGCCCAGAGCCUGGGCAGACAGAACAGUUCAGUUUUAUCCAGCCUGGUAUCAUCAUUAAAUUCUAUGUAACUUCAGUGCUGAGACAAUGCCUUCUUGGCACCUUUGUCUUUCCUUUUGCAGUCCAUCUCUGGUGAGCUGGGAAUUCUUUGCAGGAAAAAAGGAAGCAUGGGCUUUUACUCCUCCUCCUUGGUGCUUCUCCUUUCAUGUCUAGCUGGGAAGUAGAACUUGGAUUAUUCUGUCAAGAUCGCUGCAUGAUGGUGCAGCAGAAGUUGCAUUUAUACAGUUUACCAGGGACACUCUGAAGAAAAAGGCAUUUUCUGGCCUGCUGUAUAUUUUUCUAUUUGUCUGAAAUUCUGCAUCAAUAUUGCCAAGUAAUUUAAUGGUUUUCUCAGAAAAUUCCUUUUGUGCCUCAGGGCAGGUCAACAUAUAUUGCUAUUUGUUGCCACCUUUUCUUUUUUUUUUUUUCCCUAUCCUUAUAUAUGUACCUUUACUUAGAAUUUAUUUUUAACUCUGGUAAUUGGCCAGCUGCUAAAGUGUCAAAAAUUUUGAGUAAGUAAAUGAAAAUAACUGAGCAGAUAACUUGAAGAGGUAAGAAUCCCCCUCCUCGUGGUGCAGUUUCCGUGAUUCUUUUUUGUAUUCCUUUUCAAAAGUGCCCUAUUUAG